AUGAAGCUUGAUGACGGACAACUAGCUUCGCUCAGAAAAACGAUCAAUGCUGCGCUUGUCAAGAUCGGCAAUAACCUGAAAAGACUCCAGGAUAAGGUGGAAGAUUAUAAGAAAGUUGCGGACGAAGAAGCUUCACGACAAAGUUCUACCGCAGCAACACAGGCGCAGCCACAGCAAGAGACAAACAUCGACGCUGCACAGACGGGCAUUCCGCAAGACGUUAACGAGAGAAGUUUUUAUCUCUCAGCAUCUAGCAGCAAAUCCGACUUCAGCGGAGCGUAA